UAAAGAUUACCGGCGGGAAAAGGAUGCUUCUGCAGGUGCUUUGGGUCUAACAUUACGUUGCUUUUAUGCUUGAGCUUUUUUUUUCAUAUUUUUCGUUUUCGCUGAGCGUUUAGAUGAAGUUUCAAUCAAUUACUAUCUGCUUAUGAAUCUCGUGUUGAGCUUUUAAUGAAUGUUUCACUUUAUUUUUGUUUCUUGUUGCAAUUCCACUAUGCUUGAUUUAAUCGUUAAAGUUGAAAAAGUUUAUUUUUUAAUUUUUAUCAGGUAUUGGACAGAUGGUCGAAUUUAUAUGUUGGUAAAUUAAGAAUUUGGUAGAAAUAACUAGUUCUAGCAAUUUGGACAUUCUGUCAUGUCGAGAAUUUUUUUCUGUAUCUGUUAAGAAUUAUUCGUUUAAGUUUGUUGUGGAUUUAGCACUAAAUUGGUAUUGGAAAUAACUUUAUAUACUUCCGCUGCCUUGUCAUGUGUUAAACAACGUUGGAACUAGUGUACACGUGUAUGGUAAAUCUGAUGAUCUAUUCAGCUCACUACUUCAGACGUAAAGUUUAACGCAUAAAAAGGCAGCGGAAGUUAAUGAAUUCAUUUCCGACACCAAGUUAGUGCUUCAUCCACAAUAUUCAAGCUUACGAACUUGUUAUAUCUUUUUUUUGCUACAAGCUAAGCAAAGGCGUAGCCAGCUUUUCGGUCAGGGGGGGGGGGGGGGCAAGCACCCUUAGUAAAAAUGUACCUACUAGCUUUUAUAACUAAACGCAACACGAUGAAAUUGAAUAUAAUAACAAUAUAUUCUAAAAGCUUUAUUUAACUCUUAACCCUGUUGUAGGUAUUUUGUACAAUACGUUAACAAAAACUCGCCUGAUCUACACAAAUCAACGUGAUGCUGGUAGCGAUGGCCGAUUUCUGGAAGAUUAAGGAUUUUUAUUUACUCGUGAAAUAUUUUGCUCUGAUUUUUUUGUCAAUGUCUACAAAACAUUCAUCAGAAAUUAUAGCUGAACUCUUUUGGAAAUUACGAACUCUUUUGAGGAUAAACCUGGAAUUUCCUGGUUCCUGUGUGCUUCCAUUUAUCUUCCAAUACUAUUUGCUGGAGAAAUUCCUCCAGAAUUUUUUGAAUUUUUGAAUUCCAGAAGGAAUUUCUGUAAGAAUUUCAAAAAAUAAACCUGUACGAAUUCCUGGAUAAAUAAUGGGAGGGAUACCUAGUGAAAUUUCUGAAGAGAUCUCAUGAGGUAAUCCUAGAUAAAUUUCUGGAGGAUUCCUUGGAGGAAAUUCUGGAGAAAUUCCUGGAGGAAUUUUGAACGGAAACCCUAGUAAAAUUUCAUAAGAAAUGUCUUUAAAAAUUCCUAUAUGAAAUCUUAGAGAAAUUUGUGAAGGAAUCCUUGGAGGAAUAUGCCUGUAGAAACUUCUGAGCAAAUUCCUGGCGUAAUUCCUGGAAGUAUUCCUGGAGAAUUUCCUUGAGCAAUUUUUUGGGUGAAUUCUUGGAAUCCCUAGGAGAAUUCUGGGAGAAAUUCUUGAAGAAAUCUCCAGAGGAACACUGGGAGGAAUUGCUGGAGAAAUUUCUGAAAAAAAUCCCUUGAGAAAUUCCAGGAGGAUUUCCUGAAAGAACCCUUGGAGGAAUUUCUGGAGGAUUCCCUGGUGGACUCUCUGGAAAUAUCCCUCGAAAAAUUCGUGGAGAAAUCCCUGAAGUAAUUGCUGUAGGAAUCUCUGGAGGAAUAUCUGGAGGAGUCCCUGAAAAUUUCCUCAAAAUAUUCCUGGGGAAUUUCCUGAAAGAAUCUCUGAAGAAAUCCCAAGAGGAUUUACAGGAGAAAUUCCUGGACGAAUUGCUGGCAUAAUUCCUGAAGGAUGCCAGGAAUAUUCCGGAAGAUAUUCCUGGGGUAUUUCCUAGAGGUAUUCCGGAAGAAAUUUCCUGGGGAUAACAUCCCGGAGGAAUAAAUGGAGGAGUUCCUAGUGGUAUUCCUGUGGAAAUUUCUGGAGGAAUAUCUAGAGGAAUUCUUGAAAGAAUUACUGGAUGAAUAUCUAGAGGAAUCUCCAGAAGAAUUUUGAGAGAUUUCUAUUUCUAUUUCUGUUAUUUUUCUAUUUUUGAAAGAACCCCUUGAGAGAUUCCUGGAGAAAUUCUCGAAGGAAUUCCUUAAGGAAUCCCAGGGGUUUCCUUGUGAAGAAAUCUCUGGAGGAAUAACUGGAGGAAUCCCUGGUGGAAUACCUGGAGGAAUCCCUGAAAAAUUCCUGAAGGAAUUCCUGGAGAAUAUUCUUGUGGAAUUUCUGAAGAAAUCUCUAGAGGAUUUCCUGGAAGAAUCUUUGGAGUAACUUCUAGAGGAUUUCCUGAAGGAAUCUUCAAAGAAAAAUUUUUCAUUGAGAAAUUUCUGGAGAAAUCCCCUUCAAGUGGGAAAUUCCCUGGAGGAAUAUCUGGAGAAAUCAGGAAGCAAUUCCUGAUAAAAUCUCGGGAGAAAUUCCUGGAGAAAUACCUAGAGGAAUUGCUGACAUAAUUUCUGAAAGAUGUCCAGGAGCAAUUCCUGGGGUAGUUCCUGGUGAAAUCACUGGGGUUAUUCCUGGAGAAAUUCCUGGAUAAAAUCCUGGAAGAAUACCUGGAGGAGUUACUAGAGGUAUUUCUUUGGGAAUUUCUGGAGGAAUCUCUAAGAGAAAUUCUCGGAAGAAUUACUAGACGAAUUUCUAGAGAAAUUCUGGGAGAAUUCUAUUUCUAUUCUAUUAUUUUUCUGUUUCUGAAAUCCUGGAGAAAUUUCUAGCGGAAUUUCUGGAGGAAUUCUUGGAUAAAUCCUUGAAAGAAUGCCUGAAGGAAUCUCUGGAGGAAUCCUAGAAGCAGUUUGUAAAGAAGUCCCUGGGGGAAUCCCUGAAAAUUUACUGAUGGUAUUCCUCCAGGAAUUUCCUGGAAGAAUUUAUGAAGAAAUCCCUAGAGGAUGUCCAGGCACAAUCCUCUGGAGGAUUUCCUGGAGGAAACCCUGAAAUAUUCCUGAGGGUAUUCCUGGAGAAUUUCCUAGAAGAAUUUCUGAGAAAAUCUCCAGAAGAAUUUCUGAGAAAAUCUCCAGAAGAAUUUCUGGAAAAAUUCCUGGAGAAAUUGUUGACAUAAUUUCUGAAGGAUGUCCAGGAGCAAUUCCUGGAUCAAUUCCUAGAGAAAUUUCUGGAGGAAUUCCUGAUGAAAUUCUUGGGGUAAUUCCUGAAUAAUUUCCUGGAAUAGUACUUGGAGAUAUUCCUGGAUAAAAUGUUGGAGGAAUUGCUGGAGGUUCUCCUUUGGGAAUUGCUGGCGGAAUCCGUGAGGGAAUCUCUGGAGGAAUUCCUUCAACAACUUCUGGAUGAAUUUCUGGGGGAAUCUAUGGAGAAGCUCUGGGAGAAAUUUCUGAAAAAAAUCCCUUGAGAAAUUCACGGAGGGGUUUCAAGAGAAAUCUCUGGAGGAAUUCCUGGAGAAAUCUCUGAAAAAAUCCCUGAAAAAGUUCCUGGACGAGUUUUAGCGGAAUUCAUAGAGAAAUAUCUGUAGCGAUUCCUGGAGGGAAAACUGGAAGAUUUCUUUGUGGAAUUUCUGGAAAAAAUUCCAGAAGAUAUUCCUACAAAAAACCCUGGAAGAAUUUCUGAAGCAAUCCCUAAUUUAUGAUGGUGUUCCUUGAUUAAUUCCUGGUGUAAUUCCUGGAGGAAUCCCUGUAAAAUUCUUGAAUGUAUUCCUGGAGAAUAUUCUUGAAGAAUUUCUGAAGAAAUCCCUAGGGGAUUUCCUGGAAGAAUCCUUGGAGAAACUUCUGCAGGAUUUCCUGGAGGAAUCUUCAAAGAAUUUCCUGAAGAGAUUCCAUGGAUAAAUCUCUGGAGGAAUCCCUUAAGCAAUUCCUGAUGGAAUCUCAUGAGAAAUUCCCGGAGAAAUACCUAGAGGAAUUGUUGACAUAAUUUUUGCAAGAUGUCCAGGAGCGAUUCCUAGAUAAGUUCCUGGAGAAAUUUCUGGAUAAAAUCCUGGAGAAAUUCCUAGAGUUAUUCCUUUGGGAAUUUCUGGAGGAAUCUCUAGAAGAAUUUUUGGAAGAUUUACUGGAUGAAUUUCUAGAGGAAUUCUGGGAAAUUUCUAUUUUUAUUCUAAUAUUUCUAUAUUUCUGAAAAAAUCCCUUAAGAAAACCCCGGAGAAAUUUCUAGCAGAAUUUCUGGAGAUAUUCUUGGAUAAAUCCUCGAAGGAAUUCCUGAAAAUAUCUUUGGAGGAAUCCUAGAAGCAGUUUGUAAAGAAAUUCCUGGGGGAAUCCCUGAAAAAAUGCUAAUGGUAUUUCUCCAGGAAUUUCCUGGGAGAAUUUAUGAAGAAAUUUCUAGAGGAUUUCCAGAAAAUAAUCUUCAGUGGAACUUCUGGAGGAUUUCCUGGAGGAAUCUUCGGAGGAUUUCCUGGAGGAAUCCCUGAAAAAUUCCUGAGGGUAUUCCUGGAGAAUUUACGGAAGAAUGUCUGAAAAAAAUUCUAGAAGAAUUUCUGGAAAAAAUCCUGGAGAAAUUGUUGACAUAACUUCUGAAGGAUGUCCAGGAGCAAUUCCUGGAUCAAUUCCUAAAGAAAUUGUUGGAGGUAUUCCUGAAGAAAUUCUUGGGGUAAUUCCUGGAGAAUUUCCUGGAACAGUUCUUGGAGAAAUCCCUAAAUAAAAUCCUGGAGGAAUUGCUAAAGGUUAUACUUUGGGAAUUGCUGGCGGAAUCCUUGAAGGGAUUCUAAGAGGAACCUCUGUAGUAAUUCCUUCAACAAUUUUUCUGGGGAAUCUCUAGAGGAGCUUUGGGAGAAAUUUCUGAAAAAUAUACCUGAGAAAUUCUUAAAGCAUUUCUUGGAACAAACUCUAAAAAAAACUAUCUGAACCCUGCAAGAUGUCCAUGGAAGAAUUCACGAAAGAGAAACUCCUGGAUAUGUUCCUUGAGGAAUUUCUGAAAGAAUCCUUUGAAAAGUUCCUGAAUUACUGCCUAAAGGAAUUUCUGGAGAUGUCCUUGAAAGAAUUUGUAAAGAAAUCCCAGGUAUUAUCUUAGCAUGACGUUUGUUUGAAUUGAAUACAAGUGAAAAUUCGUGUAGCAGUAGCAUAUAACUGCAUUCUAUAGCAGCAUAUAAUUCUACAAUGUCCUUGUUUUCCCUACCGGAAACUUGCCAUGCUGUUUUUGUGUUCCAUGAAUAAACAUCACAAAAUUUAACCAUUCACCCAAGCUUGUUAUUUGGAUAAAUUCUAUGAUAAGAUUGAAGUAGAUUUCUUGGAGAAAUACUUGGCGAGAUUUCCUGUGAUUCUCAAGAAAAAAAAAGGUUGAAUAAUUGUGGAUAUAAACCUCAAUUAUUAGAAUAGUCUAGAGAAUAGUUUUUUUUUUUAAUAUUUUUUCUGGAACACUUGAAUUAUUGACAAUCUUUGAAUCGGCUUGAAUUAAAAAAAAUUGUCGACCAGGGGGGCCACGCCCCCCCCCCCUGCCCCCCUCUGGCUACGCCCUUGGCUAAAUAAACUCAGCUUCAACUUAACCCAAAUUCGAAAAUAAACUGUCUAUGGCACCGAUUGAUUCCAUUCUACCUUUUAUCUUGUGCUCUCUGCUAACAAAAUAAAAAAAAUAGAAACAAAACAAGCAGCGCCUCAGUCUUUCGUUAUGAGUAAAACGAAAUUGGAAGCAUCAUGCUAAACAUAUAUAACAGUUUCCCUCUAUGCAAGUGAAAUUUUUCAUAUAAUUUAAUCUAGAUUAGCUUGAUAAGCUAUUUCAUAGAAAUUUUGUAAAAAGCAAUUUAUCCCUUACAUUUUGACAAUAUUUUCUCAGAUGUUUGCUACGGGAUUCCGCGAGGUUUCUCCAGAGGUUGCUGUAGGAGCCAAACGAGGUGCUUCAUUAGGGUUUUGUUCACAAGGCUUUUACCCAGGAGCUUUGAAGUGUUGAAUUGUUCCAGAUAUUCCAUCCUAAAUUUCUCCAAUGCUCCAAAAAUUUCUCUGCUUUCUUUCAAGUGUUCAUUAACAAAUUCCGCAAGGAAACAUCUAACACCGAAAAUUUCCACCUGACACUCAUCAAUAGUAGGUUUAUCAAGAAUUUCUUCAAAGAAUUGACCAGCAUUCUUUUGCACUAGCAGUAAGGGCCUAUCCAUAAACUACGUAGACUCUUGGGUGUGUGUGGGGGGGGGGGGGUUUGUUGUUUGUCUGGCCAAAGUGUACGCUCUAUACAAAUUUCCAAUAUUUUGUAUGAACAAAAGUCUACGGGGGGAAGGGGGUGGGGUCCGAGAUGGCCCAAAAUGAGUUUACGUAGUUUAUGGACAGCGCCUAAUGGAGCAAAAUCAAAUUGGUAAAAAUGGAGUGUAGCUAGCAAAUCUCACACCCUCUAGUUUCCCCUGCUUUCAUGCUACAAUGUUCCAUGGUGUUCGUUUGUGGUCGCUACCAGAUCAAGCGGCGGCAAGAGGGGCGUGAUCACGAACUUCAACAUCGCUCUCAUCACGUCAUCAUCCUCGUGAUAGUGGCGAAGGCAGCAUCCAUUUAUUACGUAACGCUAAAAUCUACAUUUUUCGACAAAUCCGCCCCCACCCCCUCCCCCAACUGUAACGCUUUUUUGUAUGAAAGCCCGUAAUUUUUGUGUAUGGGCCGUAACGCUUGGCCAUACUACACCACCCCCCUCCCCUAGAGCGUUACGUGAUUUGUGGAUGGCGCCUAACAUAUUUUCCAAGUAAUUAACCUUCACGUACUCGACCUCCGACAAAUCAUUUUCAGAAUACUGGCAUUUCGUCAAUUUUCAUCCGAUUUAUUUGAAGUCACUCUCAAUCGAUCAUAAAUUGGUGCUAGUUUAUUAUGCUCAAGUUGCCAUGCAAUGUCCGAAACCAUUCCAGGGAUAUUCCGGAUUUUGCUGGGAUCAGGGGGUUGGUUGCCAAAAUGACUAAAAAUGAUCAUUUGGUAUGUUAUUGUGUUUGAACUAUCGAUUUUCAGCGAAUUUUUUGUGGCAAACAUUAAAACACAACUGGCACGGUAAAGGCCGGGUAUGCUGCGCAAUUCAGAUCCCAUUGUGAUCCACUAGCCUCUGCCCAGCAACUCCUAUCCCUACCUCCUCGCGGUAUCGGCCGGAAACUAUGAGCAACCUUAGGGAAGAUCGGGUAACCAACCACGGGGGGAACUUUGGUCAUAGGCUGACAGGGAAGGGGGGGGUUUGCUUCGGCAAACCUGAGCGUCUGUUCUCCAGGAGGAACGGCUCACAACAGCGUCUGAUUCCCAUGUUAGGGGCGGCUGAUCUACGUCCGAGUGCCAGGGAAGGACUCUAAGCUCGACUGUGCACUAUGGUCCUCCGGAAAGUACGGGGUUGGUGUCAGGCCCUACGAGCCAGCCGUAAAAACCAUUGUAACGGAAAAUCAGCAACAGAAUAAUUCGAACCGAGACCAACGGCAACGACCCCAGCGAACAAAAAGGACUUGCGAUUGGAAACUCGGUACGUGGAACUGCCGAUCUCUCAACUUCAUUGGGAGCACCCGCAUACUCGUCGAUCUACUGAAGGACCGCGGGUUCGGCAUCGUAGCGCUGCAGGAGGUGUGUUGGACAGGAUCCAUGGUGCGAACGUUUAGAGGUAAUCAUACCAUCUACCAGAGCUGCGGCAACACACGCGAGCUGGGAACAGCUUUCAUCGUGAUGGGUGAUAUGCAGAGGCGCGUGAUCGGUUGGUGGCCGAUCGACGAAAGAAUGUGCAGGUUGAGGAUCAAGGGCCGAUUCUUCAACUUCAGCAUAAUAAACGUGCACAGCCCACAUUCCGGAAGUACUGAUGGUGACAAGGACGCAUUUUACGAGCAGCUCAAACGCGAGUACGAUAGGAAAUUUAAACGCUCAGGUAGGCCAGGAGGAGGAAGUCAGACCAUUAGUAAGUUCAGCGCCCACCAGCAGACGAACGAAAUCGGCUUACGACUCAUUGAUUUCGCCGCCUCCAAAAAUAUGGCCAUACGUAGCACCUUUUUCCAACACAACCUCCCUUAUCGUUACACCUGGAGAUCACCACAGCAGACAGAAUCUCAAAUCGACCACGUUCUGAUUGACGGACGGCCUUCCUCCGACAUUAGCGACGUCAGGACCUAUCGUGGCGCCAACAUCGACUCCGACCACUACCUGGUGAUGGUCAAACUGCGCCCAAAACUCUCCGUCAUCAACAAUGUAUGGUACCGGCGAACGCCACGGUACAACCUAGAGCGACUGAAACAACCGGAUGUCGCCUCAGCAUACGUGCAGAAACUCAAGGCCGCGUUGCCAGACGAGGGCGAGCUCGAUGAGGCCCCUCUAGAGGACUGCUGGAGUACAGUUAAAGCAGCUAUCAACGACGCAGCCGAGAGCACCAUCGGGUACGUGGAACGGAAUCGAUGGAACGAAUGGUUCGACGAAGAGUACAGAACGGUUUUGGCGAAGAAGAACGCAGUGAGGGCGGUAAUGCUGCAGCAAGGGACCCGACAGAACGUGGAGCGUUACAAACAGAAGCGGAAACAGCUGACCCGCCUCUUUCGGGAGAAAAAGCGCCGCUUGAAAGAAGCGGAGUGUGAAGACAUGGAACUGCUGUGCCGUUCCCAAGAAACACGGAAGUUCUAUCAGAAGCUCAACGCAUCCCGCAACGGCUUCGUGCCGCGAGCCGAAAUAUGCAGGGAAAGACGGAGGCCUCUUGACGGACGGACGUGAGGUGAUCGAAAGGUGGAAGCAGCACUUCAAUCAGCACCUGAACGGCGUGGAGAACGUCGGCACGGGAGCCCACGGCGACGGAUGAAACGACGACGUCAGUUCAACGGAGGACGGGAACGAACCAACUCCCACGCUGAGGAAGUUAAGGAUGCCAUUCACCAGCUCAAAACCAACAAAGCAGCUGGUAAGGAUGGUAUCGCAGCUGAACUCAUCAAGAUGGGCCCAGAAAUAUUGGCCACCUGUCUGCAUCGGCUGAUCGUCAGGAUCUGGGAAACCGAACAGCUACCGGAGGAGUGGAAGGAAGGGGUAAUCUGCCCCAUUCACAAGAAAGGCGACCAUUUGGAAUGUGAGAACUUCAGGACGAUCACUAUUUUGAAUGCUGCCUACAAAGUGCUAUUCCAGAUCAUCUUCCGUCGUCUGUCACCUAAAACGAAUGAAUUCGUGGAAAGUUAUCAAGCCGGCUUCAUCGACGGCCGGUUGACAACGGACCAGAUCUUUACCGUACGGCAAAUCCUCCAGAAAUGCCGUGAAUACCAGAUCCCAACGCAUCACCUGUUCAUCGACUCCAAAGCGGCAUACGACAGUAUCAACCGCGCAGAGCUAUGGAGAAUCAUGGACGAAAACGGCUUUCCUGGGAAGCUGACUAGACUGAUUAAAGCAACGAUGGACAGUGUGCAAAACUGCGUAAGGGUUCCGGGUGAACUAUCCAGUUCAUUCGAAUCUCGCCGGGGGCUGCGACAAGGUGAUGACACUCAUGUCUACUCUUCAACAUCGCUCUGGAAGGUGUGAUGCGACGAGCCGGGCUCAACAGCCGGGGAACGAUUUCCACAAAAUCCGAUCAAUUUGUGUGCUUUGCGGACGACAUGGACAUUAUGAACGGUGGCAGAGCUGUACACCCACCUGAAAAGCGAAGCAGCAAAACUCGGACUGGUGGUGAAUGCCUCAAAAACAAAGUACAUGCUGGUAGGCGGAACCGAACACGACCUGAUCCGUCUGGGUAGUAAUGUUACGAUAGACGGGGAUACCUUCGAGGUGGUGGAGGAAUUCGUCUACCUCGGAUCCUUACUGACGGCUGACAACAACGUGAGUCGUGAAGUUCGGAGGCGCAUCAUCAGCGAAAGUCGGGCCUACUACGGGCUCCAGAAGAAACUGCGGUCGAAAAAGAUUCACCCAUGCACCAAAUGAACCAUGUACAAAACGCUCAUAGGACCGGUGGUCCUCUACGGGCACGAGACAUGGACCAUGCUCGAUGAAGACCUGCAAGCACUCGGAGUUUUCGAGUGAUGCGUGCUAAGGACGAUCUUUUGCGGUGUGCAGGAGAACGGUGUGUGGCGGAGAAGGAUGAAUCACGAGCUCGCUGCACUCUACGGCGAACCCAGCAUCCAGAAGGUGGCCAAAGCCGGAAAUUUACGGUGGGCAGGGCAUGUUGCAUGAAUACCGGACAACAACCCUGCAAAGCUGGUGUUUGCAACUGAUCCGGUUGGCACAAGAAGGCGUGAAGCGCAGAGAGCACAAUGGGCGGACCAGGUGGAGCGUGACUUGGCGAGCAUCGGGCGCGACCGAGGAUGGAGAGCGGCAGCCUCAUACCGGGUAUUGUGGCGUACUAUUGUUGAUUAUGUCUUGUCUUAAAUGUGAUGUUGAACAAAUAAAUGUAUGUAUUAAAACACAACUGCGAUAACCAGAUUUAUAUAAGUUGACCUAUCCGGAUCCCCGUGACAGGUUCCGCGGGGCCUAAUUGCGGACACUUAUUGUUUUCAACCUAAACAUGCCGUGCGACAUAUCAAUCUUUAUGAUUUCGAAUGACUGAGUCAGAAACGAUACACUGAAGUAUGUAUCAACUAAUAUGGCCACCCCGGAACAUCUAGCAUAGGUUCCACAAGGAUGUCAUCGGGGACAUUUCUGGUCUGCAUCCCGUGCGACGUACCAGUCUUCAUGAUUUCAAGGGAAUGGGGCAGAACAAAUUGACUGAAGUUUGUAUCAACUGAUAUGGCUGCUCCGGAACACCUCGAACAGGUUCCGCGGGGGCCUCUUAAACACAAUAACACACGAAAUAAUCACUAUAGCCAUUAGCCAAAACAGACACCUCACCCACUCCCUGACCCCAGUACAAUCCGGAAUAUCUCCGGAAUGGUUCCGAAUAUUGCAUGGCCACUUGAGUGUAAUAAACUAGCACCAAUUUAUGACCGAUUGAGGGCAACUGUAAAAAAAAAAUCGGAUGAAAAUUGACGAAAUGCCAGCAUUUUGAAAAUGAGUUGUCGGGGGUCGGGUAGGUACGUGAAAAUUAAUCAUUCAAAAUGAAUCUUAAAUCUCACUUAAUAACGGGAUAAUUCGAUAGUUUUUAAUGGGAUACAUUGCUUUGUCUGAAGGACUCCCUAAUAAUCACGUUUUCAAUAAAUUGAAACUCGGACAAGAGUAAUAGGAAUCACUGAGUUUUCGAGGUAAACUACAACUUACCAGCUGUUGUUUUCGGCGAUAUGGACAUCGGUUAAGUGCAUCUGCUUGGUAACAGAUCUUAUCGAUUGUCGGUACAGCAAGUGGAACCUUGGAUACAUCAGGAGAACGUACAUUGCAGCGAGGUUCAAAAGAGGUGUUUUAUUUUUUUGGUAAAAAUUGGGUUUGUUCAGGGCUUCCAGCCGUGACAUUGAAAAAGUGUACUGCUUUUUGAAAUAUAUAGGUUUAUUGCCGGUAGGUUCACUUGUAAAUAACUUGUAAAUUCUUCGAAACUUUUUGCGCUUUCCUAACUACAACCUAAUAGUUAUUUUCCAUUUUUCUCUCUUUCU